GAAGUAUGUAUUUAUGUUUCGUUAAGUUGGGAGUAUAGGUUUAGGGAAAAAAAGGCAAAUACAAAUCAAAUAACUAUAUUUUAAAAAGGUUUAGUGACUUUUCAUAGUUAAAUGAUCGAAAUGAGUAUUUUAUCUAUUUAUUAAUUAAAAAUACAUAACGGACUUGUUAAAAAAUUAUUAUAAUCUAGUCCGCUGGAUAUUUAUGCAACGAUCGAAAAUAUAUAUGUCAGACCAUCACGCGGGCCAGGACCCAAACCAUUAUAAUAGUACUACAGAGUCACUAAUAAAAUUGAUUUCUUGGACUACCAUGGUAUUUAUUCGUCCUUACCUGGUAGUCAACACAAUUCCUCCUGUCAAAAGUAAAGGCUGAAAUUUGAAAUUCUUAGAUUAAAUCUUUUUACAAGGAAGGAAUACUAUAAAAUCAGAUUCUCAGAUAAACCAACGGAUCGAUUCUUUUCUUCAGAUGGUGAGCUAACUAGUCUCUCCUCAGACAGACAAUUAUAAUGGAACUCUGUAUUUGGAAGCCUUACUGGAUACAAGAAUAAAAGUGGCUUUUACAAGCUUUGCACGAGGGAAAUGUCGAGCUGAGUUGCGAACUAUGACAAAUGAAAUGAAAUUAAAGAAAGGUAGAAAAAAAAAGGAUAAACAAGAAAAGUAUGAGUAGAAGAUUCUUGCUAGUUGCUUCUUGUUUUUCUCAACUUCUGUCCAUACAAAUCCUUUCACCUCGAACCACAUGCAUUUCCCAGAAACUGACAAGGAAUCCGCUCAAAUACGUUAUAGGAACCAACUAGUUAACAACGACUUUUAUACACAGCUUAACACUAUUUAUCUCAGCAUUCCGCAUGAAUUGAUUAUUUGCUUACUAAUCCUAGCUACAUUUCUUAAAAUGGAGCUUCCGUGUGAUAUGAUCGAGGAAAUUCUCUGUUGUUCCCGCGUCAAGGAUCUUCUUCGGUAUAGAUGUGUGUCCAGGGAAUGGUGCUCUGUCAUCGAUAGCACAGCCUUUGCAAAGAAACAUCUUAAAAAAACUAUGGAGUGUAAUGCUGAUGGUGUGGUCAUUUUUCAAGGAGAAGAAAACUUUUACUUGGCUGAUUUAGAGUGUUUGGCAGGGAAGGAUGAUGUCGCGGCUAUAAAAUUGAAUGAUCCGCUCAUGGCUGAUGCUUUUAUUUUCGGGGCUGCCAAUGGCUUGGUUUGCUUGGAGAUGGAUGAAAUGAAUGAGUUUUUAUUUUUCAAUCCUUCGACUAGGCAGGUGAGGAAGAUACCUACUUUUCCAGCUGAGUUUCCGUGUUUUAACAGUAUGGACAGUAGCUGGGGAUUUGGUUAUGAUCAUGUGAAUGACGAUUUCAAGGUUGUCAAGAUAGGACAGUGUCUUGUUGGCCAUAUGGUCUUCGUUUACAGCAUGAAAACCAAUUCAUGGACACAGAUUAAGGAUGUUCCGAUCCUAUUUAGUAUAGAUGCAUGGGGCGUGUUUGCAAGUGGAGCUCUGCAUUGGGAGGCAAUAAAGGAUGCAGUCAAUUCCACGAGUAUCAUUCUUAUGUUUGAUCUGGAGACCGAGCAAUUCAGGGAGGCUCCCUUUCCUUCUGUUGAUCGGACCUCUGUCAAAUACUAUAGCCAGAGAUUGUUUAGUGUUGGAGGAUCCCUUUGCAUCCUGGAUAACUGUCUUUCUCACACAGAUGUGUACCUCAUGAAUAGUUACGGUGCAGAGAAUUUCUGGCACAAAUCAUUUUCUGUGGAACGAUCAGGCACACUCGGGUAUUUUAGAUAUUUAAGGCCUAUUGCAUUUUCCAAGAGUGGCAGUGUUGUGAUUUUGGAGGUGGAUGAUGAAAAGCUUGUGUGGUAUGACAUUGAAAACAAGGUAGUCAGGAAGAAUGGGAUUCCAAACAUGUUUCUUACGCAACCAUACACCGAGAGCCUACUGCAGCUAAACGAGGAUAAGCACAUACAGAAGCCACGGUUAGCUUCAAAAAGAGAAGAACCAGGGAAAGAAAAGGGAUUGGAGUUGGUUGUGCUAGCUAAGUAGCUACGGAUAUAUGUGAUUUCUUUUUUCUUUUUGUGGGAAAAAGACUUGCCACAAAUGUCAUAGACGUUGUCAUUGUACAUAAUUUGAGGCGGGAUACAUAUGGAAAUCGCGGCCACCAAAUCAUAUUGGAAUGGUAUAUAAUUGCGAGCUUAGCAAGGGCAUGAGCAAUGCCAUUACACAAAUUUAAGAACCUAUUACAUUGGAAACAACUGCAUAAAGGCCUUGAUGAUAAACUUUUGUCUCUGGUAAUAUUAAGUUUGUAAACUAUUCCUUUGCAAUCAGACUUACGCAAGACUUUAGAUAGUCCUAGUUGCAGUGUUGUGAAGAAACCAAGUAGCUGAUGCAACUGCAAUGCAGGACUAUCAUGGAUAUUAUUUUCAACCGAGACGCCAAGAAAACGCUUAGGCAUCAGUGUUGCUAUUAAGCAGUUACAACUAGCAAGAAACAAACUCCGGAAGUGCUGGCACAAACCUGGGUAUCUGGAUGUGUACUCUCCUGACUAGUGCAGACAGUGACCUGGUGAGGGUGGAAUCCUCUACCGGCAUCUUGAUGACUCUCCGAAUGUCUGUAAUCUGUUGAUCCACAAGAAAUCUACAUUUCAGGGCACUAUGAAGACAAUGGAUGCGUCUAGUUUAGUCUAUAAAACAGUGUUCCUCUGGAACCCAGCUCUUGUUACAAUUAAAUCUUACUUUUUCUUCAACUAAACGGUAUAAAACUCUCA